CACCAGGAAUGCUAACUAAAAUGGCCACCAACGAAAAAGACGUCCGACUUCAGGUACUUUUUUGUCCUCUCUGUCUCGAAAGUUUCAACAAGGCAACUCUCCUCAACUGUGGUCAUACCUUCUGCCAGAACUGCUUGGAGGUGUACGAUGACAAAAAUCGCCAUCUUGACCACAUGGUAUGUCCUGUAUGCAAGAAUUGUACUUAUCUUGGGGCCGAACGGGUUGCAGAACUCGCUCCUAACUACCUGGUCAGGAAUCUGGAGGACGAUUUGCAUUUGUUGACAGAAACUCUCUCGCCAAACGUUUGCUUAGAACACAGUAGGGUUUUCAGGGAUAUCUUGUGUGAAGAUUGUCAGGAAUUUGUUUGCCUCCAUUGCUUCUUGGACUGCCAUCAGGGACAUGUCAUCAAAAAGAAAGAGGAGUUAGAUAGAGAAUUUGAAGACAAGGAAAGGGCUCUUGUUCGUCAAAGCGAUACCAGGAAGUCCCAGAUAGAAAAGGUCAUCUAUAGUACCGAGCAACAUAAAAACAAAAUCUCGUCACAUCUGAAUGCUUUGGAAUCACAGAUCAGGGACCAACUUGCACAAAAGAGAACCAUACUCCUGCAGAAUGAAACAUUGCUCUUGGAUACUGUAAAUGAACAUAGAUCAGCAUUAAACAAGGCCUGUGAUAACUGGGUUGGUCACAACAAACGGCUAAUAGACAACAUAAACAGCUCGUUGUCGGUGAUACGACGUAAAGCGACUCGUUUUGUUGAUUUGAGCACACUUAAGGCCCAUAACCUACUUUGUAGUAACCUAGAGAACCUACUUGCAGAAAGUGUUGAACGAACAUCUUUCAGUGAUGUUGGUCAAGAAAUCAGGAGAAUACAUUUCUGCCCAGCAGAUGACAAAGUUCUUGAGCUUGGCUGUCUAGUUUUCAAGGAAGUCAGUUACUCAGCUAGUAAGACCCACGGUGAAAAUCAGUUUAGUGAAGAAGACGAUAGUAUCUCCUCAAAAGAAUGUAAUCAAGAAGAUGAUAGGAGCACCUCAACUGUUCUUGGAGCUGUAGCUCCUGUAGAAUGUAGCAUCGAAAGUCGCGAAAAUGCCGUUCCUAACGGGGAAUCAAGUGAUGCUCAAGCGGUUGCACUGUCCGUACCAGCCCAGAUAAGAACCUACACGUUGAGUAUCGCAAGAAAGAUAGAUUUAGCGGGGUACAUGCGAGGCAUUGCUGCACUUUCCCCUGAUUCUGUCGUGGUCGGUUAUGGAUUGAACCGAAACGGUGCAGAUCGUUUUUCGGUGUCUGGGGAAAAGAAACAAUAUUUGAAGGGUAAAGUCGGGCAGGUCUGGGACAUUGCCUUCUUAGGCGAUGGGAGGUCCGUCGUUUCUCACGGUGCUCAACCUUGUAAGGUGUACGACGUCAACAACAUAUACACCGGUCUUCAAUAUACCCGCAAGGAAGGCAACAACUACUUCAGCUUAUGCAGUGAUCGCAGUGGCAAAAUAUAUGCAGUCAAUGACAACCCAGAGAUCUACAUCUUCGAAGGCACUAAUGCUAAUCCUCAUCAAACCUUGUCGACGGGUAACAUCAAGCCAGAACACAUUUGUGUCACCACAUGCGGGUGGAUGAUCACUACCACGUGUUGCAUCACACCAAGUCGGAUCAACCUCUACGAUAGGCAAGGCCAUGUCGGUAUCUCACUUACUGCAAGUGAUAACCAUGAAUAUCUGUAUGCUGCUGUGGAUAGCGAGGACAGGGUUCUGGUGGCAAGAGUUCGUGAGAGAUCGACCGUUUUCAAGCUAGCGCUCUACAGGAUCAAAGAAACAAGACUCGUAGAGGAGAAGGCGUUUGCUCCAAUCAAACUCCCGCGACAAAUCAAAUGCAAAUGGUGCUACAUGGUGAGUCUCACACCCAACAUGCUCGCGUUUGCCACCUUGGAUCAUCAUUUGUACUUUAUUGAACUUCUGAUGUAGUUGAGCUCUAUUCAUGCUUGGACCUUAUAUGGAUGAGGGUUCGCUAAUCUUUGUAGAUAAUUAUGGUCUAAAUUAUGCGCAAGACCGUGAUGAAUCUUGCAAUGAUACGCUGUGAUGAAAAUGACGACCAUAUUGUAUAGACACUAAAGAAGUAUUUGUACGGCGCUGAC